GGGAAAUCCCAGAUGGAAUUGUAAUGUAGAGUGUGGAGAGUUCGAUACUACAUCUGGGAGGGGUCAGGAGGUUAUUGAUAUUGUUUGAGUGUGGGGACCACUGGAAACGCAUAAAUAGCUGGAAGACACACAGUAAUCUUGCAGUCUUCCUCUGAAUGCCUGGGCACAGGUGACCUCCACUCAGCUUUUCUGCAGAAAAUUUCAUCGGCCACUGCAAACCCAAACCAGCAUGGAAAAGAUGACAUCUUUGAAAGUGAACUGCUGGCUGCGGUGGCUUACCGUGACUCUGGCCCUGCUGAGUAAAGUCCCUGCAAUGCCGGUCGACGUGGAUCGCGUGUGCAUGGCACCAUCUGCAGCCAAGUACAGACUGACAUUUACUGGCCAGUGGACUCAGACUGCCUUCCCCAAACACUACCCUCUGUACAGGCCGCCUGCCCAGUGGUCCCCAAUCAUUGGAGUAACUCACAGCUCAGACUAUCACAUCUGGCAAGGGAACGAGUACGCCAGUAAUGGGGUGAGAGAGUUCUCUGAGAGAGGAGAGGCUUGGACCCUGAUAAAGGAAGUGGAGGCAGCUGGAGAACGGAUCCAGAGUGUCUAUGGCCUCUUCUCAGCACCAGCUGUGGUUGGAGGAACCGGUCAGGCAGUCACAGAAUUUGAGGUCUUUGCAAGACACUCUUUACUGUCCUUCAUUGUCCGCAUUGUGCCAAGUCCUGACUGGUUUGUUGGAAUAAACAGUCUAAAUUUGUGCGAGGGUGAUAACUGGAUAGAAAACAUAAGCCUAGAUCUCUACCCCUAUGAUGCCGGCACAGACAGUGGUUUCACCUUCUCCUCACCAAACUUUGAGACCAUUCCUCAAGACAAGAUCACUCAGAUAACAGCAUCAUUCCCAAGUCACCCUGCAAACUCCUUCUACUAUCCCAGACUGAAGCAUCUCCCCCCAAUAGCCAAAGUCUCCCUAACAAAGAUCAAGAACAACCAGAUCUUCAGCUUACCCAUUGAGCCGACCCACUCCAAUCAGAUUCCAAGCGGGAAUGAGAUAGAUGGGUCUCUCAUAAAGACCCCUCUGGACUGUGAGGUUUCUGUCUGGUCCCCUUGGGGUCUUUGUAAGGGCCAGUGUGGUACGAAAGGAGUAAAACACAGAACUCGCUAUAUUCACAUGCAUCCUGCAAACAAUGGGGCUGCAUGCCCACCCCUAGAGGAAAAGAGGCUAUGCAUCCCUGACAACUGUGUGUGAAUAUAAAGAGGACCUACCAACCAUACCUCACCAACAGGGAACAAUCUACUGGUUAAACAGCUUUAAAAUGAGACAUUAUAAAUGGAAUGACUUUGUUAUUAUAAACUAUGAUGUCAUGGGUUAACAAGCUUAAACUUGGUAAUGAAUGCUCUACGCAACAUAUCCCACCUUAAAAAGAAGACUGAAGUACCUAAAGCAAAUUCUCAGUAAGUGUAUCACAAAUGAGAGUGAAAUAUGAGGAACAGCCGAUUCUAUACUUUCAAUACAGCAAUAUUUGCUGUAUUUUGCAAAAUAGCAGACAAACAGAGUUUUUUGGCUGGGUUUGCUGUAAGUUUCACACACUGUCCUCAUGCACUGUUCAUGGAGUCUGGUGCUCUCUGGUGGGAACAUUACUGACAUUAUCAAGCUCAAUCAUUGAGACUAACAUCUUCAGUAAAAAAAAAUAAUGUGUUCUCCUCAAAACAUGUUGCAUCAGUGGAUGAUAUCUGUAAAUAAAUUGCAAAACUGUAUAUAAAAUUGUACAUACAAAUAAAUAAAUCCUUCUGAAUUGCUCUGAA